AAGCUUUUAUUUCCUACGGGAGAGGAAAUCCUUAGAAAAUGUGUGUGCGAUCAUGCCCCGUGUCUCCAAGUAGCCGACAAUAUUGACCAACAAUUUUAUUAUUCCUAAAUCGGAGCGGUCCAAACCUAGUUGUAGAUCAUAGGCAGAAGCGUGGGGUCCGAAGAGCGAGGGGGGGACCAGGGGUAGCCGCGGUCGCUGGGUCAAAAUGUCGAUUCAGUACGAGGUGGAGCAGCUGGCUGACAGCUAUGGGGUGGCGGACUCUUUCCCCAAAGAUUUCGGCUAUGGAGGAGAGGAGGCCGACAUCGAGGACAGCCCGGCUCCGUCCGACAGCAAACCACGCAUCCUACUCAUGGGUUUGAGAAGAAGCGGGAAGUCCUCCAUUCAGAAGGUUGUUUUCCACAAGAUGUCCCCAAAUGAGACAUUAUUUCUGGAGAGCACAAACAAGAUUUACAAAGACGACAUUUCCAGCAGUUCUUUUGUAAACUUCCAGAUCUGGGACUUUCCUGGCCAGGUGGACUUCCUCGAUCCCACAUUUGACUACGAGAUGAUCUUCAGAGGAACUGGAGCUUUAAUAUUUGUUAUUGAUGCGCAGGAUGAUUAUGUGGAGGCCCUGACGAGGCUCCAUCUCACAGUGUCUCAGGCCUACCGCGUCAACCCCGAGAUCAACUUCGAGGUUUUCAUUCACAAAGUAGACGGACUUUCUGACGACCACAAAAUUGAAACACAAAGGGACAUUCACCAGAGGGCCAAUGAUGACCUGGCCGAUGCUAGUUUAGAAAAGCUACAUCUCAGCUUUUACCUAACAAGUAUCUAUGACCACUCAAUCUUCGAGGCCUUCAGCAAAGUGGUGCAGAAGCUCAUCCCCCAACUCCCCACACUGGAAAACCUCCUCAACAUUUUCAUUUCUGUAAGAAAACAACUGCUUUUAAAGCUUGUCAUGGGCCGUGUGAUUUGUGUGUGACUGCGUGUCUGAUGU